AUGGCACCCCUCACAACCGCGGCUCGCGCCCUCGCGCGCUCUGCAGCACCACGAACCGCAGUCCGAUGCAUGUCCGCGACCGCCGUCCGCCCGUCCGACAGCACCUACGAGAGCCCCUUCCGCGGCUCGCAGUCCACCACCAAGGUCCCCGACUUCAGCCACUACGCCGCCAAGAAUGGUGCCAACAAGAACCUCAUGUACCAGUACUUCAUGGUCGGCGCCCUGGGCACGAUCACCGCGGCCGGAGCCAAGUCCACGAUCCAAGAAUUCCUGAAGAACAUGUCCGCAUCUGCCGAUGUCUUGGCCAUGGCCAAGGUCGAGGUUGACCUCGCAUCAAUCCCAGAGGGCAAGAACGUCAUCAUCAAGUGGCGAGGCAAGCCCGUCUUCAUCCGACACCGUACCGAGGGCGAGAUCGCCGAGGCAAACAAGGUCAACGUUGCGUCCCUACGGGACCCUCAGCAGGACGAGGACCGUGUGAAGAAGCCUGAGUGGCUGGUCAUGCUGGGCGUCUGCACACAUCUGGGUUGUGUGCCAAUCGGCGAGGCUGGCGACUUCGGCGGAUGGUUCUGCCCCUGCCACGGUUCCCACUACGAUAUCUCCGGACGUAUACGCAAGGGCCCUGCUCCUCUCAACCUCGAGAUUCCCGAAUACGACUUCCCCGAAGACGACAAGCUGAUCAUCGGUUAA